AUGUUCGGCUUCGCUAAGCUCUUCACCGUCGGCGCGCUCGCCAUCUCCGCCUCCGCCGCACCUCUCCUUGACGCCCUUGUUGGUGUUGAUGCCGAUGUCCUUGGUCUCGCCAAGGCUGAUGUCGGCGCCGCUGCACACGUCCGUGACCUCGCUGAGGUUGAGGCAGGUGCCAAGGCCAACCUUCUCGGUCUCGUCGGUGUCGAUGCCGGCGCUGAGGUCGAGGUUGGCCGUCGCGACGACGCCACCAAGACCCUCCAGGCAGUCAUCUCCGACUUGACCACCCAGCUCAACCCCGUCGUUGCAGAGAUCACUGCUCUCACCGGCACUGGCAAGACCGUCGAUGAGAUCUCCGCCGCCGUCGCACCCAUCACCAGCAAGGUCGUCACGAUCUUGAGCGGCACCGUCGACGAGGUUCAGGCCCUCUCUGGUCUCCCCAUCGAGCAGAUCCUCGCAUCCGCCGACGGUGGUGCAACCCUCGUUGUUGGCGAUGUUGCCAAGCUCCUCGCCGACGUCCUUUCGCUCGUGCUCGGCGCUGUUGGUGCUCUCCUCGGCGCUGUUCAGGGCGACCUCUCUGGUCUCCUUGCCGCCCUUGGCCCCAUUGUUGCUGGCCUCGUUGCUCUCAUCAACGCCGUCCUCGCCCUCGUUGGCGGUGUCCUCGGCGGCCUCCUUGCCACCCUCGUCGGCCUCAUCGGCGACCUCAUCCCCGUCAUCCUCCAGCUCAACGUUGCUUCUAUCAUCUCCCUGCUCGGCCUCUAA